AUGAAGCCCGGCGACCGCGUGGUCGAGGUGAACGGCAUUCGCAGCGACGUGCUGGUCAAGGACGAGUGCAAUCAGAACAAGAGGCUUGAGCUGGUGGUCAGGCGCCAGGCCGACGGCGUCCUGUGCGGCGUGCCGCUGCUGGCGAGGCCGAGGGCCGCCUCCUCCAAGGACAGAAGGGACUCGCGCACUGCGGGCUGGAACAAGCUGGCCCAGGUUGUGAAGGGCACGGCGGUGGCCAAGGCCCUGCUGGCGCUGCGGCGCCCGCUGCCGCUCGACCAGGCGCUCAGCCUCACCGUGCCAGGACCGCGCGCCGCGGACGCGGGCGGGCCGGCGAGGAGGCUCAACCUGGAGGAGCUGCUGUCGCAGCAGAGCCUGGGCGCGCCCAGCCCGCAGGGCCCCCGGCCCCCGAGCCAGGAGAGCAGGCGGCGCGCAGCGCGGCGUCCAAGGAGCGACCGUCCAGCGGCCGCCAGAACGCCGACGUUGCCGCGGCGUACGCCGCGACCGCGUCCACGUCUACGACGGCUCGAGGGCUGA